CUCUGACGCAAACCAUCCCACUAAACAACCUCAACCUGCGAGACCGGACCCUGGCUUAAUUACCUGUACUACAACUUCAGUCUUUACCUGCAAUCGCCUACAUACCUUAUCUAUCGGUCAGUCACUAUGGCCGCUCACGAUAGGAGCGUGCUCGUCCUGUACGGGUCCGAGACGGGUAAUGCCCAGGACAUGGCAGAAGAGUUGGGGCGAAUAUGUCAAAGACUGCAUUUUGAAAGUCGCGUUGAAGAACUCGAUGCAGUAGAUUUAAAUGCACUUCUUCAGCCUGACUUCGUAUUAUUCGUCAUAUCAACCACUGGCCAAGGAGAUAUGCCUCAUAACUCACUGGUCUUCUGGAAAAGGCUUCUCCGGAAGAAAUUACCACCAGGUUGCUUGGCUUCAGUCAAGUAUACAACUUUUGGGCUUGGAGAUAGUACUUAUGUCAAGUUUAAUUGGGCAGCUCGCAAGCUCAACAGGCGUCUCGAUCAACUUGGUGCUACAACUUUCUUUGAUCCCUUUGAGGCGGACGAACAAUUUCCAGACGGUAUUGACGGAAGUUUUGUGCGUUGGGGUGAGCGGCUUUACAACCAUUUACUUGAACACCAUCCUCCCCCUACUGGACUUGAGCCUAUCCCUGAUGAUGUUAUUCUUCCCGCUAAAUGGUCCCUAAAGAGUUCCCUCAGUGGCAAUUCAAUAAGCAACGGCCACGCGUCUCCGAUAGUUUCUAACCUCCCUCCCUCUGCACCCCUCCCUAUCCCUAAUGGUUGGAAAGCAACUUUGGUUGGAAACGACAGACUCACCCCCGAGAAGCACUGGCAAGAUGUCCGCCUCAUCUCAUUCGACAUUCCACGUCGCGAUGGAGAAAAGCUAUCUUGCGUCCCUGGAGAUUGCCUCACCAUUUACCCGAAAAACUUCCCCCAAGACGUCCAGAAGCUCAUCACACUCAUGGGCUGGGAAGAGGUGGCUGACAAAACCCUUGACCUUUCAUUAUGCGAAUCUCUUCCUACAAACCUCUAUAUAGACCCCAGAUGCACAUUGAGAGAGCUCCUUUUGAAUAACAUCGACUUCACUGCAAUCCCUCGGAGAUCAUUCCUCAAGAACAUGUCUUACUUCUCCACCAAUCCAGACCACAAGGAGCGGCUUCUCGAGUUCACCAUGACUGAAUACCUAGAUGAAUAUUUCGACUACGCAACUAGGUCAAGACGAUCUAUUCUCGAGGUCUUGGAGGAGUUCACAUCUGUCAAACUACCUGCCGAGCGCCUCUUCGAUAUUUUCCCAAUCAUCCGUGGACGAGACUUUAGCAUUGCCAAUGGCGGCGUGCAUCAAAAUCAUCCGACAGACAAGGAUAAGACUCGUAUCGAGCUUCUUGUCGCUUUAGUCAAAUACAAAACUGUCCUCCGCAAACCUCGUGAGGGCCUCUGCUCUCGUUAUCUCGAUAACAUUCCCUUGGACUCCAUUCUUACUGUCACCCGCAAGCCAGUCCUCUCACCCAUUCAUGGCCCACAGAAUGCCCGACGGCCUCUGGUUGCCAUCGCCACGGGCACAGGCCUUGCCCCAAUACGCGCCCUUAUUCACGAGCGUCUCACGCACUCGUCACCAGGACCGAUGCAUCUCUUCUUUGGGAACCGCAACCGUGAGGCCGAUUAUUUCUUCCAGCAAGAGCUUGACGCCGCCGUGCGUGAGGGACAUCUCAAUGUCUUUCUAGCAUUCUCGCGUGAUCAGCGAAAUAAGAUAUAUGUCCAGGACAGGCUACGCGAGGAGGCCAAGAGAAUCGAAGAGAUAAUCUUCAACAAUGGAAUAUUCUGCGUCUGCGGUGGCUCGACCAAGAUGGCGGAUGCGGCUAAGAAGGCAGUAUUUGACCCCUUCUCAGAGGACGUAAAGGAUAUAGAGGAGCGCAAGAAGAUUCUGGCAGUGUUGACAUGGUGGCAGGAGAUCUGGUAAGAAAAUAUCAGUAGAAAAUAUAGUACAUACUUUAGACAUCAGGCCAGCAUAGGACCAUGACAAUAUCAGGAGCACAUGAUAAGCAUAUCAUCAUAUGUUUGAUUAUAAAUUGAAUAAGAACUAUUCUUCUCUUUGGUAUAUGAGACUGACAUAUCAAGACAAAUCAUAACGCUCGCUCAUGCAUAUUUGACAAAGAAAACGUUAUACCAGCCUCAAUGGACUGGGGUUUUAACCAGUCUGGGCCAGAUAUUGUUCUGGCAAUCUGUGGCAUUGCUCAAAUCUGUUGGAUAUCGCGCUGUCCACGGCCGAUACCAGGCCAGACCGCAGACCUCGUUCCUUUCGUGUUUCUCGUCAACAAAGCCAGGAAUUUCAUGCUAGCCUGAUCAUUAUGAGAAUAAGGUGCACAGAAACCAGCUUAUUGCUCCCAGCUAUACCGUCUUUCAGCCAGUUGGGGUACAUGAACCAAAUCCUCACCAGGAUUGAUGCGCUCCCGACUUCGUGAAAUGUCAGGCUGAUCUGUCGAAGGAUUUUGUGGGGAAUCUUCUAUCACAGCAUUCACGGAUGAGCCGUUUGUACCUAGAUCCAAACGCCUUGAUGAUUCUUCUGCGCUUCGCCUUUCCUCGUCGACAGUGAAGUUACUUCCCAGAGUAUCAACAGAGCCGUGCCGAUGUGAGGACUCAUCAGUGGCUUGAUAGUCUUCAUCUGAUACAAUUUGCGGAGCGGCGUGGCGGGAGAAGCGCGUAUUCUUGGGCAGUGCCCCAAGAAAUACAACCUUUGAUGGAUCAAUGGGUGUCCGUUGAACUGCUCGCUGUUGUAGCUCGUUCGAUCGUUUUAAUGGAGAGUGAGGUUCACAGCCUGACUGAGUUCCACCCAUUGCCAUGGAGUUAAUGGUAUGGUGGUCCGAAGUCGGAGAAAGGGGUGAGUUUGGUAAUGAAAUACUGUCGUUAGUUGGCGAUACUGGUAUAGUAGUUGGAGAAGGUGCCUCGAUGGGACGGCCAUUCGCAUCGAAGCCCGGAGUCAGUGGAGAUGGCAGCGGUAUUGAGCUUGUAUUCGUGCCCCCUUGUUGUGUUGUUUUUAGAGAUGCCGAUGGCGAUAGUUGUAGGGCCACAGGCGGACCAUUUGUUGGGUCUGGUUGGUAUAUCGCUUUCUCUGCGGGUAUCUCCGUCCCAUCAGCAGGGGGAGUAUAUGUUGGGACUGGUCCCUGAAGUUGUUUAUCCAAUUUCCUCCGGGCUAUCUCAUAGGCAGUCAUGUUAUGCGUGCUGUCGGUACCCAUCUCCGUAUCGUCAUUCCACGACAUGCCAUCAUCGCCAUCAAGUUCUGCUACUGGAAGUGGUGCUGACAUCUCGUGGAUUUGAGUAUCGGGAGCUUCAGCAACCUUUUCUCUACCAUUGGUGCCAUCAUCUGUCGAGUAGUGUCGUCCGAGAAUUUUCGAAAACAAUAUGAUCAAAGGGGACUUGGGCGAUCGCGAUCCGCUAUUUGGCGUAAGGUCCUGAUCCUCUGCUGACGGGUUAUUUCCUCUGGCUGCUCGCUUACGUUUGCGUCGAAAGUAUAACCACACAAACAAAGCUGCCGCACAGACGACGAAGACACCCAACCCGACACCCACUCCUAUUCCAAUUACCUGUCCAUCUGAAAGCCCACCUUCAUCCUCUGCAUAUGGUGGAGGAUAGGGACUGUUGUCAGACUGUUCGAUGGCAGUAAGUUCCGAGUUUGUCGAUGGCUCGUCUGGGAAAAGAGCUUGAUGGAUUGAGAAGACGCCCUCAUCAUACUUGGUUAUAAGGUAGGACUCCUGUAAAAACGAACGGCCUAGUACGUACGAGCCGCUGUUCUUCGCCUUUCGUAGCAUAAAGUAGGGGAUUGCUGGGUCGCCAUAUUGGAUCGUAUCAGGCAUGAAAGGGUAUUGCAGUAAGCCCACAAAGGCUCUCAAAGGUAUGGUAAUAUUGACGAUGCCUGGUACAUUGUAAGGGUCGCCAAAGUUAUCGUUAUCGUCAAAGCUUGAAAGCACAAAGGUAAAGUCGAAUGACUCGUCAUUUGUAUAAUCACGAUAUUGAUCGUCACUGAUGGUGUAGAGUUCGAAGGUG